CUGCGGGGGGCGGGUGUGCGCAGGGAGGCUGUCACUCACAGGGUUGUGGGGAACCCUCUUUGCAGAGGUGGAGCUCCCGGCUCUUCGGGAGAAGCUGCUCGUUUCCUUCCAGGAUUUUGUGUGGCAGAGACACGCUUCCCUGGGGGCAGCCAAGGACUCCUGCUUCCUGCAGAGAGAGAACUGCACCGGGGUGACGCAGCUGCAUGGUGCCCACUACACGGUGAACGGAACCCUGCUCGUCGACAGUCCUGGCUCCGGUGCCACCCUCUACGUCAAGUCAGGUCUCGUGAGCGGGAGGUGCCCUGGAGGAGCUGGCUGGUGGUACUGGGACGGACACUGUUACUACGUGGAGGAGAGCGAUGCCGAGACGUGGCAGCAAGCGGAGGCAGCCUGCAGUGCCUCUGGAGAAGGCAUGGGGCUGCUGGCUCUCGACAGCCUGGAGGAGACGGCCUGGGUGACAGCCAUGGUGCAGAGGGACAGCUGGACUGGGCUGAAUGACCUAGAUGGCGACGGCAGCUGGACGUGGGCAGUGGCUCAGCACGCAGAUGGUGCUGCCCCCUGGCUGGCCGAUGUGCCGCUCCUUCCGGGAGGCUGCCUGAGCAUCGGAGCCCCGGGGGAUUCUGGCCUUACCGUGUCCAACUGUUCAGGACUCAAGCCCUGGGUCUGCGAAGGAGCGGAGGUUCCCUGGAGCCGCUGCCCCACGGAGCCUGGCUGGAGACACUGGAAUGGUAACUGCUACUACUGGGACUCGUCCUUGGCCGGCAGCACCUGGCAGGAGGGGCUGCAAGUGUGUCGGCAGUUCCGACAGACAGAGCUGCUGUAUCUGACCUCGCGCCAGGAGAAGGACUGGAUAUGUUCAAACUUCAGGGGUGCCUUCUGGACAGGCCUGAAUGAUCAGACGGAUGAAUCCGUAUUUCAGUGGACUACACGCGAUCCCAUCACCAGGCAGCUCGCGGAGCACUUACGAGACGACCUGGCGGACGGCGGCCUGAAGGAUUGUGUGUGGCUGGAUACAGCAAGCGGACUUCUAACGGAUGCCAGCUGUGAGGAGAGAAAGCCGUUCAUCUGCAAGUGCAGCGAGGCUACCGAGUGGUUUGUGAAGCAGCCUGGCCGGGGCGUGGUGGGAGACCCAGCAUUCCUGCACCCCUCUGCCGAGAGCCUGGAACAGGCCAAGCAGGAGUGCCUCCGUGAGAGGAGUGUGUGCGCAGGCGUUCUGCAGGCUGGGACAGGCGUCUACCUGAUCAGCUCCAAGGCUGGCAUCAUCUCCCGACCCAACUCCACACUCUACAUAUGGACCAUAUGUGCUGAGGGGUUCAGCGGCCUGCGCUGUCAUAGAUACACUGCCCCCCAAGAGCGACCCCCAUGUGAUUGCAGUGGCAGAGUCCGGGUGUCGGCAACCCAAGUGUGUGGUGUCCCUGUGCAGAGCUGCAUUGACUACUGUCGCCACACAACGGCCCAGAGCAACUGCUCCCUCUGCCUGCCUCUCUGCUCUGACUCCAGCCUGGGCCUCCUGGACCCCGAGGAGCUGGCUGUGGUAUCCAUGGUGCAGUUCAAAGUGUCGCAGUCCCUCAACCUCACCUCGGAGGACGAGCGUGAUCAAACGAAUGCAUCUAAAAUCAUCUACCACAGCGAAUUCCCCUGAGCAAUCAGUGCCUCAGGGAAUGCUGGGAAAGGGCGGCCCAGUGCUCGUCUUUCAAAGGUUCCCCCGGUUCUUCCCUUUCCCAUUCGGUUUUGUGCUGCCGUUUUGUUGUAAACGUGCUGGGGGAAGGGGGUCAAUGUAAUGUUCCCAACCAUC